AUGCAUCGAACAGACAAGAACAAGCAUAAGAGUGCCAAGGCGAAUGAUAUUGAUAGACCCAGGAAGGGAGCUAUGCCUCCUCCCGUUAGAACACUUACGGCUGUUUCGCCUACUCGUCCAGAGGCUUCCUCUAGUCGGUCGGCGUUCCACCCUCGUGUAAUGGCUGAAUCACCGCAAAUGGAGAGUCAGCAUAUGCCCGUGGAAGAGUUCCCAGUCUUAGAUAAAGUACGUAACAAUGCUGAGUACAAGAAGUCACUUCAGAAUCUGAAUAUGGCUCUGAAGAAGAUUGGUGAGUCUGAGAGUCAAAAGAAGUACUGGCGGUCAUGGGAUCAGUAUACUCCAGAGGAAAGGAGGAAGUUGGCUGGUGGGGCUGCUGCUGAAGAAUCGAGUGCAGUUAGUCAUGAUCGAAUUGGUCGGGACUUAUCGCAAAUGCGUAUUAGUCAGCCGGGAAGAAAUGCCCAUGCUAGUGCUGGACCCAGUACUAGUCGGCCGAGUACGAGUGGGACUAAUAAUCGGGUUAGACCGGGAUCACGUAUGGCUCCAGUUGCUGAAAGACGAUCUUCAGUACUGGACUCGCCUAGUGGCCAAUUAGCUCUGCCCCAUACGACUCGGCACCAUGAUCUUCCAGUGCCCGCUUCCCCUGAGCUGUCUAAGAAGUCAUUCGGUACUGCUAAACAAGGAGGCCAGGCCAAACGUGUUAAACAAGCCAAACAAGCCAAGAUGAGCUAUCCUAAAACAACUCCAACUGCUAGACCAUUCUCAGCUGAAAGCUUCUAUCAAGCCCCUACCUCUACCCAACAAACAGUGCAUGCUUUACGGUCUAAGCCAGAGCCAUACCGGGCAACUCAAUCCAAGCCAAUGCAAACCAACCCAUUGCAAACCAGACCAACUCCACCCAAACCAAUGCAAGUCAAAUCUACUCAACCCAAACCAAUGCAAACCAGACCAACUCAACCCAAACCAAUACAAUCUAAACCCACCCAACCCAAAUCAACUCAACACAAGUCAAUGCAAUCUAAACCAACAACAUCUGCGCCAAUCACUACUAGCCGAACAGAAACUCGCACGAAUUCUUCUAAUGGCCGUAUAGUCACUAGUGCUACCGGUUUAACUACCAUCCAGCGACCGGGACCACUUUCCAGUACUGAAAUUCGGCUUAGUCAAUUCGAAACCAGAGUUGCUCGUUUGCCUUCCAAAAAGGAUCCCAGUCUGAGAAGGAAGCAGCCAGACGUCCACCGAAGAGUUGCCCAGAAUGAAAGAGCUAAAGAGCAGAAAUUCCCAUCCUCUUUUACCCGCAAUCCUAACCUCCCCCCAAUGGAAGAAUAA